CCCCCUCUCCCCGGGGCAGUGGGGCGGGCGGCGGGGCUGGGCUCCGGCCCGCUAUAUAACAACCGCCCUCGGGCGGCUCCCGCACCCCAGCCCCGCGCCGCCUUCGCUCUCGCAGUCUGCUCCGUCGUCUUGGAUCUACCCACCACAGACCUGCAGAGAUGGCAUGCCCUCUGGACCAGGCCAUCGGGCUCUUGGUUUGCACUUUCCACAAGUACUCGGAAAAGGAAGGGGACAAGAACACGCUGAGCAAGAAGGAGCUGAAAGAGCUAAUCAAGAAGGAGUUGACCCUCGGGGCGAAACUGAACGAUGCUGAAAUUGUUGGGCUCAUGGAGGAUCUGGACCGGAACAAGGACCAGGAAGUCAACUUCCAGGAGUACCUCACUUUCCUGGGUGCCCUGUCCAUGAUUUACAACGAUGCUUUGAAGGGAUAUAAGAAGUAGACAGGCCGAAGCAGCAGGCCCAGCAUGCUGGGGAAUGGGCCCCGAUAGGUCACGGCGUAUCCAAUAAAAUUUUGUUUUGUA